AGGGAGGCGGGCGCUGCGGGGGUGUCGGGUUAGAGCGAGGCGUGACCCAGUUGACAGGCGCUGUGAGCCGCAGGGCAGGAGCGAGCCGAGCAGGGGGACGCAGGGGACGGCCGCCGGGUCAGCGAUUCCCCCCAUCUCCGGUGAGCCUGGGGAACGUGCAGCUCAAAGCCGCCGCCAGCCACAGCACCAUGUACCCCGGCAACAAGCGGAAAAAGCUCUGGAAGGAGGAGAAAGAGCGUCUGUUGAAGAUGACCUUGGAGGACAGACGCAAAGAAUACUUGAGGGAGCAUGUUCCAUUAAAAGACAUUCCAACAUGGAUGGAAGAAAUGAAAAGCAAGAACCAAAGUGACGAUGAAAACACUGAGGAAGCUUUGCAGGUGAAGAAAAGUCUGAGUGAGAAGGUUUCUCUCUACAGAGGUGACAUUACAUUGCUUGAGGUUGAUGCUAUAGUUAAUGCAGCUAAUUCCAGUCUUCUUGGAGGUGGCGGGGUGGAUGGUUGUAUACACAGAGCUGCUGGGCCCUGCCUAGUUGCUGAAUGUCGCAACUUGUGUGGCUGUGAGACUGGACAAGCUAAAAUUACAUGUGGAUAUGACCUGCCUGCCAAAUAUGUCAUUCAUACUGUGGGACCAAUAGCAAGAGGCCAUAUCAGUGAUACUCAUAAAGAAGACCUGGCAAGUUGUUAUAAAUCAUCCCUGAAACUGGCAAAAGAAAACAAUAUCAGAUCAAUUGCAUUCCCCUGUAUUUCAACUGGAAUUUAUGGUUUUCCAAAUGAGCCUGCUGCCGUUAUUGCCCUUACCACUAUUAAGGAAUGGUUGAACAAGAAUCACAAUGAGAUGGAUCGUGUCAUCUUCUGUGUCUUUUUGGAGGUUGACUACAAAAUUUUCAAGAAGAAAAUGAGCGAAUAUUUCCCCACAGAUGAUAAUGAAGAGGAGACUGAGAUAAAUGAGGAUACAGAGGGAUUGGAACAAAAAGCCCAGUCACCAUCUCCCAUGAAGUGCAAAGCAAAGAAAUCUGAGAACCUGAAGGAUGAUAAUGAGGAUGAUAAUAGCAGAGAAGAGAAGCAAAGUAAUGAAGAAACUGAGGGCCAGAGCCAAGAAGCAGAUGAGGCAAAACAUACAGCUGUACCCAGCCUACCAUCAGAAGAAGGAAUAGAGCUGUGUGAGGAUAAAGAUUCCUCAAAGGAUUCCAAAGCCACACAAGAGGAUGACCCAGCACAUCAUGCAACGUGUGAAGAAGAUCAAGAUGAAGGACCACAGGAUGUUUCCACAAUUGAUGAAAUGAAAACUCAGACAGAUUCCCAGAGCUCCUGCAUGGAUACAGAAGAGCCCCUGGCAAAUAAAGAGGAUGCAAUCAAGGUUGAGAAACCAAUGACUCCUAUAGUAGAUGAAAAUAAAGAAGAAAGCAAAGAAGAGGAGACAGGUAAGACUUUCUAUACGUUAGAGGUAGGCAGAGAUUUCCUGAAGGCUGCUGCAUGGAAUCCAAGUUCUCUUGAAAGCUGUGUUUGUGUUG